CUCGGAGCCGGGCAGAGGGGAGGGGGGAAAGAGGAGCGCAGAGUGAGAGUGAGCCGGACGCUCCGGGGGGCGGGGGGAGCAGCGCCGCGGCCGCCGCCGCCUCCGCCUCCGCCUCCGCCGCCGGGGACUAGGGGGUGGGGGACGGACGAGUCCCGAUGCCGGGAGAGACGGAAGAGCCGAGACCCCCGGAGCAGCAGGACCAGGAAGGGGGAGAGGCGGCGGCGGCGGCCAAGGCGACUCCGGAGGAGCCCCAACCACAGCGCCCUGAGGCGGCGGCGGCGGCGCCUGCGGGGACCACUAGCAGCCGCGUGCUGAGGGGAGGUCGGGACCGAGGCCGGGCCGCUGCGGCCGCCGCCGCCGCCGCUGUGUCCCGCCGGAGGAAGGCCGAGUAUCCCCGUCGGCGGAGGAGCAGCCCCAGCGCCAGGCCUCCCGACGCCCCAGGGCAGCAGUCCCAGGCCGCGAAGCCCCCGUCUCCAGCUCAGGGCAAGAAGAGUCCGCGACUCCUAUGCAUCGAAAAAGUAUCAACUGACAAAGAUCCCAAGGAAGAGAAAGAGGAAGAAGAUUCUGCCCUCCCUCAGGAAGUUUCCAUUGCUGCCACUAGGCCUAGUCGGGGCUGGCGCAGUAGUAGCAGGACAUCUGUCUCUCGGCAUCGUGACACAGAGAACACCCGAAGCUCUAGGUCCAAGACUGGUUCAUUGCAACUCAUCUGCAAGUCAGAACCAAAUACAGAUCAGCUUGAUUAUGGUACAGUGCAAGUAGAGUAUGGUUAUUUAAUAACCAGUUGCCUGUUGAUUUUAAAUGCAGUGUUGAACAUUUACCAGAACAGCUUAACUUUUAGGGAUGUUGCAGAAGAACAGCAGUCUCCAGGUGGCAUUAGCAGUGAUGAGGAGGAAGAGGAGGAAGAAGAGAUGUUGAUCAGUGAAGAAGAAAUACCAUUCAAAGACGAUCCCAGAGAUGAGACGUACAAACCCCACUUAGAAAGGGAAACCCCAAAGCCACGGAGAAAAUCAGGGAAGGUGAAAGAAGAGAAAGAGAAGAAAGAAAUAAAAGUGGAAGUAGAGGUAGAGGUGAAAGAAGAAGAGAAUGAAAUUAGGGAAGAUGAGGAACCUCCUAGGAAGAGAGGAAGAAGACGAAAAGAUGACAAAAGUCCACGAUUACCCAAAAGGAGAAAAAAGCCUCCAAUCCAGUAUGUCCGUUGUGAGAUGGAAGGAUGUGGAACUGUUCUUGCUCACCCUCGCUAUUUGCAGCACCACAUUAAAUAUCAGCAUUUGCUGAAGAAGAAAUACGUAUGUCCCCAUCCCUCCUGUGGGCGACUCUUCAGGCUCCAGAAGCAACUUCUGCGACAUGCCAAACAUCAUACAGAUCAAAGAGAUUAUAUCUGUGAAUAUUGUGCUCGAGCCUUCAAGAGUUCCCACAAUCUGGCGGUGCACCGGAUGAUUCACACUGGCGAGAAGCCAUUACAAUGCGAGAUCUGUGGAUUUACUUGUCGGCAAAAGGCAUCGCUUAAUUGGCACAUGAAGAAGCAUGAUGCAGACUCCUUCUACCAAUUUUCUUGCAAUAUCUGUGGCAAAAAAUUUGAGAAGAAGGACAGCGUAGUGGCUCACAAAGCAAAAAGCCACCCUGAGGUGCUGAUUGCCGAAGCUCUGGCUGCCAAUGCAGGCGCCCUCAUCACCAGCACAGAUAUCUUGGGCACUAAUACCGAGUCCCUGACACAACCUGCAGACGGUCAGGGUCUUCCUCUUCUUCCUGAGCCUUUGGGGAACUCCACCUCUGGAGAGUGCCUCCUGCUAGAAGCUGAAGGGAUGUCAAAGUCAUACUGUAGUGGGACAGAACGGGUGAGCCUGAUGGCUGAUGGGAAGAUCUUUGUAGGCAGUGGCAGCAGUGGGGGCACUGAAGGGCUGGUCAUGAACUCGGAUAUACUCGGUGCUACCACAGAGGUUCUGAUUGAAGAUUCAGACUCUACUGGACCUUAGUGGAAGGGAAGACUUUGGGCACUGGGACAGCUAAGACUUUGUAUUUAAAAGACAAAAAGGACAAAAAAAAAUUUAAAGCAUUUAAAAUCUAGUAAAAUAACUGAAGGGCCUGCUCUUUCCAUUGUGGAUCACAGCACACACACGCAUGCACACAUACACACAUACACACACACACACACUCUCCCAUACAUACACACAUCCCCUCUUCAUCCUCUGUUGUCCCCUUUAUAAAAUUGAUGUUGCCUUUACCAGAAAGCUCGACAGAGAAGCAGCAGCAGCAGCUCUUAAAGUAAGGGUUAUUCUUAUACUCAGUUCCAGCCAGGCAGUCUUCCUGCUUAUCAGCAGAUCCCCCUUUUCAACCUGUAACUCUGAUGUGCUCUGGAUCAGCUUUUAACUCUUAACAAUAUAUUAAUAGUCUCUAAACCCCUUCUCCUCCUUUACUGCUUCCCUAUGGUUCUGGCUUCUACCCCAUGCAGCACAUUUAUCUUUAAAUUAUCAUAGAAUCCUAAUCUCUGGAGGCUGGCAGCUUGACUUGGCACUUUAGGGCCCCUUAGCAGGGUGAGCUGUUAAAACAGCACACAUCUCUCACCCACUUUCCCUCCAUUCCCCUUGGGUUUAGGAAAGGAAGGAUACAUGGGGACUACCUCCCUCCUUUUCACCUCACCACCUUUCUCAGUCCCCCUCCCAGCACCUCUAAGGUUCUCAGUGGUGCUCGCUUGCAAGCAGUCUCCCAGCAGGGAGGGAGCUACUACUGUCUUACAUGGUCUCUCCGACCAUAAGACAGGGCUCUAUCAGUGAGACAGUGAGAAAAGUCCCAGACUAAUGACAGAAAUUUGCACUUUGAACAUGUGUGUUUUUGUGUUGUGGAACCUGAGAUUCCUUAUUUAUUAAUGGAAAGUCUGAUUUUUUUUUUUUUCUUUUGGGGGUGGGGGGGUCUUUGUUGCUAUAUUUUGUGGGGCUGGGAGAGAUGAGAUUAUUCUGAUGUGGGGUCCUUUGCAUAAGAGGUACUUGUAGAAGGCAAGGUAUAGCGCUGAAGAAGCACAGCCAGCCUCUAAAAUCAUAGCUCUCCAGUGGCCUUGAAAGAAAGCUGGUCCUCAGCACUAACAAAAUCACUACAGUAGCCCAGUGCUUUUCCAGAAGCCUCUGCAGGGAAGGAUGUUAGAUUUGUGGCAAUUAGUGCUCUCUGAGUUUUUAGAGCAUUGAGCUUUAGGAAUUUGGAGGGCAUGAGGAAGGUUGUUCAGGGUCUGAAUUACAGAUAAAAGGUUUUCUCUUGUGAAUUUAUUUCCUUUUUUGUCCCCAUCAUUUCUUUGUACAUACUUCCCUAUUAGCCAAGCUCUGGCCCCUUUCCUUUGCUUUUGCUUUGCUUUAUCAUUGGUUCGUUCCAGCUCCCAGUUAGUGAAGGACACUGCCAUCAGUGAAGGAAUAGUCUGAGUCAUACAGUUUGAAGUCAAAGAAAAUUGCUCUGUUUUGUUUCCCUUUUCAUAAUACUUCAGAAGAAGAAAGGUUUCAACAAAGUUAAUAAUCUGUAUAAUGUUUUGGCUUUCACGUGAAAUUCUAGGAAUUAUCAUUUCCCUUGAGGUAGGGAUUUUCACGGGGUGGUUUACUUACUACUGUCCAUGGGAGAGACAGUUUUGUACAGCUUCAUAACUUACAGAAGACUACAAACUUCUUUUGGCUCAUUUUUUAGAGAAUUAGAAGGGCAGUUUCUAUCCUCUGUACCUCAGAAACUGGAAUUAAAGGAGGCUUGCCCUAUUUAUUGUGUGUCAGAAAUGUAUGAUGGCUGUUGGAAGGAAUGAAGUUUUGCUGAGAACAAAA